UCCUCAGCCUAGGGCGCUGCGCAGGGAGAGGCAGGGCGUUCGUAGCACCCCACGCCCGCAGCGGCCUCACGGCAGCGCCUGCGCCCUCCCCAGCCCGUGCGCGGGAGCUGUGGGGGCAAAGGCGCAGAGGUAGGACCAGUGCUCAGCGCCCGCUUGGCUGGUUCUCUGCGCUCUUGCAAGCUGCCCGCGCCAGCUCUCCAAGAUGAAGAAGCUCCAGGAAGCUCACCUCCGCAAGCCUGUCACCCCAGACCUGCUGAUGACUCCCAGUGACCAGGGCGAUGUCGACCUGGACAUAGACUUUGCAGCAGACAGGGGCAACUGGACGGGCAAGCUGGACUUCUUGCUGUCCUGCAUUGGCUACUGUGUGGGCUUGGGAAAUGUCUGGCGGUUUCCCUACCGAGCCUACACCAACGGAGGCGGAGCCUUCCUCGUGCCCUAUUUCCUCAUGCUGGCCAUCUGUGGCAUCCCCCUCUUCUUUCUUGAGCUCUCCCUGGGCCAGUUCUCCAGCCUGGGACCCCUGGCUGUCUGGAAAAUCAGCCCCCUCUUCAAAGGUGCAGGUGCGGCCAUGCUGCUCAUCGUAGGCCUGGUGGCCAUCUACUACAACAUGAUCAUCGCCUACGUCCUCUUCUACCUCUUUGCCUCCCUCACCAGCAACCUGCCCUGGGAACACUGUGGCAACUGGUGGAACACAGAACGCUGCCUGGAGCACAGAGGCCCCAAGGAUGGCAAUGGGGUGCUGCCUCUUAACCUCAGCAGCACCGUCAGCCCCAGUGAGGAGUACUGGAGUCGCUAUGUCCUGCACAUUCAGGGCAGCCAGGGCAUUGGCCGACCUGGGGAGAUUCGCUGGAACCUCUGCCUCUGCCUGCUGCUGGCCUGGGUCAUCGUGUUUCUCUGUAUCCUGAAGGGGGUGAAGUCCUCAGGCAAGGUGGUGUACUUCACAGCCACCUUUCCCUACCUCAUCCUCCUCAUGCUGUUGGUCCGAGGAGUGACCCUUCCCGGGGCCUGGAAGGGCAUCCAGUUCUAUCUCACUCCCCAGUUCCACCACCUGUUAUCUUCAAAGGUAUGGAUUGAAGCUGCUCUUCAGAUCUUUUACUCCCUAGGAGUGGGUUUUGGGGGUCUUCUCACCUUUGCUUCCUACAAUACAUUCCACCAGAACAUCUACAGAGACACCUUCAUUGUCACUCUGGGCAAUGCCAUCACCAGCAUCCUGGCUGGUUUUGCCAUCUUCUCGGUGCUGGGCUACAUGUCUCAGGAGCUGGGUGUGCCCGUGGACCAAGUAGCCAAAGCAGGCCCUGGCCUGGCCUUUGUUGUCUACCCACAGGCCAUGACUAUGUUGCCUCUGUCACCUUUCUGGUCCUUCCUCUUCUUCUUCAUGCUUCUGACUCUUGGCCUGGAUAGCCAGUUUGCCUUUCUAGAAACCAUAGUGACUGCAGUGACCGACGAGUUCCCGUACUACCUGCGGCCCAAGAAGGCAGUGUUCUCAGGCCUCAUCUGUGUAGCCAUGUACCUGAUGGGGCUGAUCCUUACCACUGAUGGGGGUAUGUACUGGCUGGUCCUUCUGGAUGACUACAGCGCCAGCUUCGGACUCAUGGUGGUGGUGAUUACCACGUGCCUUGCUGUCACCCGGGUAUAUGGCAUCCAGAGGUUCUGCCGAGACAUCCACAUGAUGCUGGGCUUCAAGCCAGGCCUCUACUUCAGGGCCUGCUGGCUGUUUCUGUCUCCAGCCACUCUCUUGGCCUUGCUGGUGUACAGCAUCGUCAAGUACCAGCCCUCGGAAUACGGCAGCUAUCGCUUCCCCGCCUGGGCCGAGCUGCUAGGCAUCCUGAUGGGCCUGCUCUCCUGCCUCAUGAUCCCAGCUGGUAUGCUGGUAGCUGUGCUUCGAGAGGAAGGCUCGCUCUGGGAGAGACUUCAGCAAGCCAGUCGGCCUGCUAUAGACUGGGGCCCAUCACUGGAAGAGAACCGGACGGGCAUGUAUGUGGCCACGCUGGCUGGGAGCCAGUCACCAAAGCCACUGAUGGUACACAUGCGCAAAUAUGGGGGCAUCACCAGCUUCGAGAACACAGCCAUUGAGGUGGACCGUGAGAUCGCAGAGGAGGAGGAGGAGUCCAUGAUGUGAGAGUGGAGACCACCAAACAGGAGGGUUGGUGGGGGCCUUACAGUCCCUUCCUUGGCCCGCAGGGGAUAGCUAUGCCUGUCAGGAUCCUGACGGGCAAUGGGAGGUUGCCAUGGCAACGACAGUCCCCAGCAUAAGUCCCUCUUGUGGCCUCUACAUCUCCUGGAACCUCUGUCUAGAGGGACAUACAUACACUAGGUAACUCAUUCAAAGCUGAAAUGAUCCAGCUCAGCUCUCCGUUUGUGAGGGUUGUACUGAAGCCAGGGGGAAGAGCUGGACCAAGGUCACAUGCCCAAGAGGACCUGUUCCCAAGCCUCCAGCCAGCCAACUCCCUUUCUCUUGGGGCAGCAAGCAUCAUAUUUGAUAUCUUUGUUCAGACAUUUCGACAAGAUAACAUUUCCAUAUGAGCCAACUUUAAACCCCAGAUUCAGGGUAUUGAGAUGCUGGAGAGUCCCAAGGUCCUGGAUAGAGAGAGCCAGUGAAUGAAUUGGGCAGAAAAGUCUUUGUGGGUUCCUAUGUUAAGGCCAGUUUUCCCGGAAGAGGAGGGAGUUUGGGGGCUGAGAGAUAAGAAAGAUUGCAGAACAGGCAGGAGGGUCAGAGCUGCCCCUGAGCCAGGAGGAGGCACAACCUUCCAGAGAAGAGACCAGGACUGACUAGAGAUGCUGAUGCCCCCAGCUUAUGAGAGGGAAUGAAGACUAGUAGGGAGGGGAAGGCAGAAAGGCAGGGUGGGGGGACUUGGAUGGCACUGUAUAGCAUUUUAGGUCUGUUCGGGUUGGAUUAGGGACAGGACAGAGGUGGGAGACCUGCGGAGGACAGGAGGGAGGUACUAAUGGCUGGAGUUAGUCGCUUGGGUUGGAGUGGAUGAGCCCACCCUUCACCAUUUGGACACGAUACCUUGGGCUGGCAGGGGGCCUGAGAAGCACCUGCCAAGGGAAUAGAAAUGAGGGCUUUAGUCAGGGCCCUUCUUCCCUGUCCCUGUGGCUUCCAGUAACAAUGGCUACCAAGACUCAGAGGUGGUCCACACGUUGAACAUAUGUCCUGAUGCUGUAGGUCACCUGACCGGGGGCAGCCUCUGCCCUGAGGUCCCUGUGAGACGCUCUUCAGGUGUGACCUGCACACUGCAUUCCCCAGGAGAGCAGGGCACAUUCAUGCAGCAUAGUGGCCUCUGUGCCCCACCUCUCUCCUGGCAUCUCCCCAGCCCAUUUGUGUUCUGCUGGUUGAUUGUCAAUAAAUACCAAAUGAGGUCAUCAUC